GCCAAACGACGCGCUGGACCAGAGCUCCGCAUAUCAGGAGGCGACUGGUCAUGGACGCCCCUCCGAGCGAGAGGAUUAUCUUGUGAGCUACGAGCAGAUCUUCUCGCCAGAAAGCUUGGACCUGCUCUGGGCCAACAUCCAGACCUACCUUGCUGAAUAUGUGCGAAACCACCAGGGCGAACAGGGCGCCAAAUCGACGCUGCUCUUUCUUCCCUACGGUGAGGGAAGAGAGUGCAAGUUUGACUCUGCGAAGGUGCGAGAUGACUCGCAGUUGGGCGUCUGCUAUGCCUCGUCUCGGGGAGUAUGCCAAAUGCGGUUUAUCGGGCUGGCAGACCGACAGGACAGCCUGAGGCUUGCCAGGCUUGCUGAGGCAGCAGACUUGGGGAGGGAGCACGGCAAGGAGGAAGAGGGAGAACAGGGACAACCUCUGAGGACAGAGGAGUGGAAGAGGAAAGCAAGGGAAGAGGAGGAGGAACGGGAGAGGCGAAGGAGGUUGGAAGUUGGAAGCAACUAUGCCUACACAAAGUUUAUACAUGGAGGCUUGUUGAAGAAAGUGAUGAGCAUGAACUUGCUGAGCUACAAGUCUGAGAUUCUGAGGGCGACCCAUACGUAG